AUGCCCCCAAUCCGCCUGCACCGGCGAAGCGCCGUAAUGGCCGCCGCGGCUGCGGCGGCAGGCAUGGCGGUGGCAUACAACGUAGGCGCAGCAUUAAUCGCCCAUUACGUGCAGCAGCGGGGACGACGGCGGCUGCGCGAUGACGACUCCCCACCGCGAUGGGCGCCUCGGGACAAAGACGCGCGCCACCGUCCGCGGUCAAUGAAGGAUUUGGACGACGCGACAGCGACUACCACCACCAUGUCGAACUCCGCGCUGUUGGAAAUCGCUUGUUUUAGCGGAGAGUCGGCUUUGAUUGCUGCGAGGGCGGGGGCCGAUCGGAUUGAGCUAUGCUCGGACUACGCAUCCGGGGGGCUGACACCGUCAGCGGAGACGGUCGCGUCGGUGAAAGCCCAGGUUACGGUUCCGGUGUAUGUGAUGAUCCGGCCUCAUGCGCGGGACUUUUUCUACGAGGAGGUCGAGUAUGUAGAGAUGCAAGCCACGAUGGCGAAGAUGAAAGAGGCGGGCGCCGAUGGGUUUGUCUUCGGGAUUCUGCGACGAACAGACGCAGAUGAAGGAAGCCCGCUGGUCGACAUAUCCAGGAACAAAAUGCUGGUUGACCUCGCUGACGGACGACCAUGCACUUUUCACCGGGCAUUUGACCUGAUCCCGGAGGCAGAGUGGGAGCGUGCCGUGGAUGACAUUGCCGCGUGUGGGUUCCAGUCUAUUCUUACGUGUGGAGGCCCUCCAGGGAAGAAGGCGAGCGACUGCGUUGAGCCGUUAGGGAGACUGGUCCAACGGCAGCAGGAGCGGCGCGAGCAGAACUCGGAGUCUGAAACGGUCAUUCCGCAGAUUAUUGUCGGUGGGGGGGUACGGUCGACUAAUGUGUCGGGGAUUUAUCGCUCGGUCCAGGCUGAUGCGUUUCAUUCUGCGGCGCUGGAGGGCAAGAAGGCGUAUGUGAGCCGGGGAGAAGUGCGCAGGAUACGAGGCGCGAUGGAUCGGGUGAUACGCGUCCGGAAUUGGGAGUCUUCGGUUGAACCCUGGAAUGAGGAUGCCCCGACUGAUGCGGUGACAAUUUAA